AUGUCCAGUAUCAUGAAGCAUGACAUGAAUAUAAGCAGAGACGCGACAAAUGCGCACGACGAUGAUAUUAGGCAACUAGCCAUUCAACCCCUCUAUCGAAUAAAAGUAAAAUUGUCAGUGAGCAAGAACGUUCUAUUCCGAGAUUCUGCCCCCGUUCAUGUUCUCAUAGAUAGUCCAUCUCAUACGUGGGAUCUUGUUCUUCCUCGGUGGAACUCCUGGUUCACUGGCUGGUAA